AUGGAUCGUCUUCAGUGUCCAAUUUGUUUCGAAGAUUUCUCGAAAGAAAAAAAGCCAAUGAUAAUAUGUGCAAACGGUCAUUCAAUGUGUCAAGAAUGUUUUAAUGGCAUAAAAUCUUUAAGUAACCCUGAAUGUUCGAUAUGUCGUGAGGGUUUAUUAUCGGUAUCAAUAGUUAAUCGUGAUGUAUUGAACCUAAUCGAUGCUAUCUAUGAAAUAAUGGCUGCUAUACCUGUGAUAAAAGAUGAAGAACUAACUAUAGAAUCAAAACCGUUCGGAUUUGGUGGUAGUGCUGAUGUAUUUCGAGCACAGUGGCAGCGUCAAACUGUUGUUGUAAAACGUUUGCGGACUGGUACCAAUGAUCCCAAGCAACUAGAACAGUUAAAAGGAGAAAUUAGUAUUCAUGUUGGAUUGAGGCAUCCCUGUAUAAUAUCUUUAUAUGGUUAUACACGUAGCGGAAAUGGAAAAGAACUUGUUAUGGAAUAUGCCGAACGAGGUUCGUUGAAUAAUAAUUGGAAAGAUGCUGAUGAGAUACAAUUAAUAAAUUGGGCACUUGAUAUUGUCGACGGUUUACAAUAUUUACAUAGUCGAAAAAUUUCACAUCGAGAUUUAAAACCUGAGAACAUACUCAUCACUAAAGAUAAUCGUGCUAAACUAUCCGACUUUGGCAUGGCAAGAGUAUUAGCAACAAUUCAGCAUAAUACGGCAGGAAGUGGUACACCAAAAUAUACAGCUCCCGAGUUAUUUGAUGCCGAGACGAAAUAUGGCUCUGAAGUUGAUAUUUAUAGUUUGGCAUUGAUUCUGUAUGAAAUGUUUUCGAAGAAAAUUGCUUUUGAAAAUCUCACUCCUUCUCAAUUGAUUUUUGCUGUUUGUAUGAAAAAGCAACGUCCUGGAUUUGAUUCAACAUUUCCAAUUAAACUUCGAGAAAAAAUUGAACCUGGCUGGUCGCACGAGCCAGCAGAUCGAUGUAAACUCAAUGAUUUUCUUCAAGUUCUCUUACAAAUGAAAGAUCCAUCAUCGAUCAGGCAACAUUCAGCAAUCGCAGAAACAACUGGUGUGACUAUGCUUGAACAAGCUCACCACGUUCAAAAGAAAUUGUUAGAUUACUCACCAAUCAUUGAGAUGCAAUGGGCAACUCAAACUGUUCAAAUAAAAUCACUCAUCGAAAACAUGGUCAAGGAAAUGCGUCAAUCCUCAUCGUUCUCUAAAAUCUUUCCCGAUACGAUUAUUAAUGCAACGCUACAAGUACCUAAACAUUUGUUUGUCGACAUGAAAGUUUUUAAAAGUAUCACUAAGAUCAGUGAUGACAAUCAAUGUUUAGCAAAGAUUUAUCAAUACAAAGAAGCACUUCGUGCAAGUCAAGAACAGAAUAUCAGUUCAACAGAAAUAACUUGUACACAACUGAGUUUGAUCCCACUGAAUUCCGGUGAUCGUGUGUUAUUUCUCGGUGCUAAAGCAGGUUAUAUUCAAACAAUCGCUGCACAAACAGUUGGUUUUCAAGGACAAGUAUGGAUAUGUUCACAAGAUGAACAAGGUCUUCAACAUAUUGGAAAUGUUCUCAAAGAUCAUGUACCAGCCAUUCUCAAGCAAAUUAUUACAUGCGUUUUAGUUAAAAACGUUCAAAAUACCAAUGAUGUGAAGCAAGCAUUAGAAAAACAUAUCAAACCAGCUGAAGACUAUUUCAACGUUAUUCAUGUCUGUGGCGCAAUUCCUCAAGACUCACUUGAGACGUUUGAAAAGCUUUUGAAAAUCGAAGGACAGUUAUUAGCACCCAUUAAUAUUGAUGAGAACAACCAAAAGUUUACUAUUCUACAUAAAACACGAGAUCAUGGCACUGGCCAAACAAAACUGAAUAAACGAAUUCUACAUGAUUGGGGGAUCAUAUUCGCUCCUGUUCUUUAG